AUGCCUGACGAAGAGCUCAACAACACCCUGUCUUUAUUUGUUUGCGAAGUUAGAAAGGUUGAUGGUACUAAAUAUCCUCAUAGUAGCUUACAUGGAAUUAUUUCUGCCAUCCAGCAUUUUCUGAAAACCAAAGGAAGACCAGUAAAGCUUUUCAAUGAUGAAAAGUUUUCAUAUCUGAGAGAUGCCCUAAACACUGCAAUGAAAGACAGCGCAUCAAGUGGUCUUGGAAUAAAGAAAAAACAGGCACAAGUAAUAACAUUGGAUGAAGAGGACRAAUUGUGGUCAAAAAAUGUACUCGGAGAUGAUAAUCAUCAACAGUUGUUGGACACACUGCUUUAUCUAUUUGGUCUACAUUUUGCCUUAAGAGGAGGAAUGGAACAUCGAAGGCUUCGAUUACAAAAUUCCCAAAUAUCACUAGCAGAAGACAAAAAGUUGGGUUUCAAAUUUCUUGAAUACCAGGAAGACGUAUCCAAGACAAAUGCCGGAGGGCUGAAGCACAGGAAAGUUGUACCCAAAGUAACACGAGCGUACGAGAAUAAAGUCAACAAGAAGCGCUGUGUUGUGAGAUUGUACGAGAAAUACGUCAGUUUAUGUCCAAAAGAUGCUACUGCAUUUUAUCUAACACCACUCAAGUGCCCAAAGGAGAAUGUGUGGUUCAGCAGUGUUCCUGUUGGACAUAACAAGUUAGGCUCUACUGUCAAGAGACUGUGUGAAUCUGGAGGCAUUUCUGGCCACAGAACCAAUCAUUCACUUCGAGCAACGACRGCUACACGACUAUACGAGCAUGGGGUAGACGAGCAGCUUAUUUGCGAAAAAACAGGCCACCGAAGUAAUGCAGUUAGAUCGUACAAGCGUACUUCCAAAGAGCAAGAGAUAAAUGUUUCUGAGAUUCUUUAUGGAGCUGCUACUAAAAAGUUCAAGCAAGAAGAAGAGAAGCCAAAGCAUGAAUGCCCAACGCUCAAAAAAGAAAAUCAAGAUAGAAAUCAAAAGGUCCCUAUCAAUAUUAACUUGAAUUUUGUUUUGAAUUAA